AUGGAGCUGGGCGAGCUGGUGUUGAUGGGGGACGACGAAUGCGACAUCUGGGGCAUACUGGAGCGCGGUGCCACUCGCAGCCUCAUUGGCGUGACGAUCGCCGAGUACCUGGCCUACGACCUGCUGGAGGGCUUCGGACGGGAGUUUGCGCGACGGGACACGGCUCGGACGCUCACUAGUGGUGACGGUGCGAGGAAGAACGCUAUGGGUACGAUGGCUGGAGACAUUUUCCUGGAAGGCGGGAAGGGGUCCGUGGAGUUGUCCAUCAUGGACAACGAAGUGCCGCUGCUGAUCGGCAUAGACAUCCUCGGGGUCCACCGCACGAGUGUGGUGAUCGACUGUGGCAACGGAUACGUGAUGCUGCCGAAGAUCUCGCCGAACCUCUUCCAGUUGUCGGAGGCUCUCCAGCGGUCACCUGGCGGUCAACGUGACGACGCCCUAGCGGCGGCAGUCUGUCGCCCAGGCGGCGCCUUGCUGCAACGCGAUCGAGAACGCGCUGACCCUGAAGGGCAAGUACGGCGGCGGCGCCCUCCCGGCCGCCGCCCAGCAGUUGCAGCGCCGCGGGCAGCUCCCAGACAUU